ACCCCCAAUGAGGAUGCCUUUAGAUUCGACUCUGGAGUAGGACAGCAAAGUCCAAACGAGACAUAUAAUAAAAACAUGGACAUGGUUCACACCAUUCUCAAUCUUCUUCUUCCUCCUCUAACCAUCAUCUUGCUCUUCAUGUUUUUCCCAUUUUAUCUUCUGAUUAAACUCGUUAGUUGUAUUUACAAGCACCUUUGCUUUGAAAACGUUGCCGGAAAAGUAGUUCUAAUCACCGGAGCUUCCUCCGGCAUUGGAGAGAACGUUGCAUACGAGUACGCAAAGAAAGGAGCAUGUUUAGCUCUUGUUGCUCGAAGAAAAGAUCGUCUAGAGAUAGUAGCAGAAACAUUACGUCAACUAGGAUCUCGUGAUGUGAUCAUCAUACCUGGUGAUGUUUCUAAUCUUGAUGACUGCAAGAUGUUCAUUGAUGAGACGAUUCAUCAUUUCGGAAAAUUAGACCACUUGAUCAACAAUGCUGGGGUACCUCAAGCGAUUAUUUUCGAAGAUUUCACCCAAAUUCAAGACGCUAAUCAUAUAAUGGAUAUCAACUUUUGGGGCUCAACAUACAUCUCUUAUUUCGCGAUUCCUCAUCUUAGAAAGAGCAAAGGAAAAAUCGUUGUGAUUUCAUCUGCUACGGCAAAUAUACCUUUGCCCUUGGCAAGCAUCUAUUCAGCAAGCAAAGCAGCUUUACUAAAAUUCUAUGAAACAUUAAGAGUUGAGAUCAGUCCAGACAUCAGAAUAACAAUUGCUAUUCCCGGAUUUGUAUCUACAGAUUUGACCACUCCUCAUUUUAUAAAAAUGUAUGGUUCAGAUUUCAUCCUUUCGGAAUCAGUGAGUAAAUGCGCAAAAGCCAUCUUCAGAGGUAUUGGUAGAGGAGAGAGAUACAUAAUAGAGCCAUCUUGGAUAAAAUGGAUCUUCUUGAUGCAAUAUGUUUGUCCUGAAAUCAUUGACUACGUUCUCAAGUAUAUUUUUGUUCGCUAUGGCAAACCUUACUUCAAGCGUGAUUGAUCAUACCGAUAUACCCAAGUUCUCUUGUUUUCAACUAUGGUUUGUGUUAUUAUCACUAUAUGGACAUGAAACUUAUACUUUGUCUUCUAUUAAUUAGUUAUUGCAUCUAAGUACUUUUACU